CAUGCUCAGCUCUCACCUACCCAAUAAAACUCAGGAAGAAGAAGAAAGAUGAACUAGCCACCCAGCAAAAGGUUGUGUGAUAGAUAGAUAGAUAGAUAGAGAGAGAGAGAGAGAGGGAGAAGAAGAAGAAGUUCUCGAAGACGAAGCCCUCCCUUAAGCUACCAUGUCGCAGGAUCAUCCACCAAAAACUACAUCGACAACGACUAAAUCCCCGGAUUUUGGGCUUCCGGGCUUCCGAUUCCACCCAACAGAAGAAGAGCUGCUCGACUUUUACCUCAAAAAGACAGUUUUUGGUAAAAAAAUCCAUUUCGAUAUAAUCGGUUUCCUCAACAUAUACCAUCACGAUCCAUGGGAUUUGCCUGGAUUAGCUAAGAUUGGAGAGAGGGAGUGGUAUUUCUUUGUGCCCAGAGAUCGAAAACAUGGCAAUGGCGGAAGACCCAACCGCACCACGGAGCAUGGAUUCUGGAAGGCCACCGGUUCCGACCGUCCCAUACGGAGCCUAUCCAACCCCAAGAGGAUCAUUGGACUCAGGAAGACUCUCGUCUUCUACAAGGGAAGAGCCCCACGUGGGUCCAAGACCGAUUGGGUCAUGAACGAGUACCGGAUGCCCGAAACAUGCACCUUACCCAAGGAAGACAUAGUACUUUGUAAGGUGUACAGGAAGGCCACGUCUUUGAAGGUCCUUGAGCAAAGGGCAGCAAUGGAAGAAGACACCAAAACGAUCAUUGUUGCUUCUUCUCCAUCAUCAUCUCCGGCGAUGGACAAUGAAUUGUCGUCAUAUGAGCCUCAAGAGGAUCUCAUGGCCAUAACUAAACCGACACAGAUGCCGCCGAAGCCCAUGCAAAGUGGCAUUGUCUUUAAAACCGAAGAAAAAGAAAAAGAAGAAGAAGAAGAAGAAAAGAAGGAAGACGGCAAGGACAAUAAAGAUGCUUGGUUUUUGGCAAGAGAUGGGCUUAAAUUGAAGAAGAAACUACCAGAGCUCCAGCUGCCUAAGCUGACCAUGGAUUGGACACAGGACCCAUUCUGGACCCAACUACGUAGCCCUUGGCUAGACAACUGGACGCCCUAUGCCAACAUACUCAACUUCUGAAUUGCAUUAAUGACGACGUAGAGUAGAGAUGGGCAAAGCAAACACUUAAUAAGUUGUAGAUAUGUUCAUUCACAUCAUGCAUGUUGUAGCUAGUAGUUUCUUUCUAAUUUUUGGCUUGUGUAAUAGACGACGCAUAGGUCGUAUGCAUUAAGGUAGGCCUUUAAGAGGCUA